AUGUCGGGAGGUGCUAGUGACAAUGUCCUAUCCCUCACUACCGACGAGUUGAAAGAGAAGAUUGCCGAGGAAGUCGGAAAGGCAAUCGAAGUUAGCCUACCAAGAUUUAUAGAAAGGAUGCAAAACACCCUACUUUCGACUAUGGAGGAAAAGAUUGGUGAAUUAAGAGAAGACCUUACCAAUGAUAGAGGCGAGGCUAAAGAAAAGAAAGGUUGUUCUUACAACAAGUUUAUGGCGUGUAAACCCCCGAUCUUCAAUGUAGAGGUGGAUCCAAUUGCUUGUCAAAGGUGGAUAAGCGAUAUCGAGGGUGUUUUCGAACGAACGCAUUGUGAUGAAAGUGAUUUCGUGGCUUAUGGAACUGGCCAACUUAGAGGCCAAGCCAAGGAUUGGUGGGACAACCUCAGAAACGAAAGGGGUGUUGAAGCAAUAAGGGCAAUGACUUGGGAAGAUUUCAAAACACCAUUUCUCAAACAUCAUAGCCCCAAGGCAGUAAUACAUAAGAUAAAGGAGGAAUUCAUGCAAUUGAGGCAAAAGGGUGAAACCGUUGAUAAAAUUACGGGGAUGUUCAUGGAUAAGCUCAAGUUUUGUGAUGACUUGGUCAAAACUGAAGAACAGAAAAUCUAUUACUAUCACACCAUGCUUAGGGCUGAAUAUAGGGAGUUCAUGACUCCAUCACAUUAUGAAAGCCUCACCGAUAUAAUCAAUGCGGCGCGGGAACGUGAGAUUGAACUAAAAAGACAACUUGAAAGAGGUGAGAGAAGGGCCUUGGAUGAAAACCCGAGUCCCGCAAAGAAGCCAAAGGUAGCUGAAUCUUCGAAGAAAGGAAAUGCAAAAGGAGGUUCUCCGAGUUGCAAAACAUGUGGACGCACUCAUAAAGGUGAAUGUUACUUCAAGAACAAACCUUGCGUUGCAUGUGGCAAGAUAGGGCAUGGGGUUGCAAAUUGCCCAGAUAAAGAAACGGUGUGCUAUAAAUGUUACCAACCGGGUCAUAAAAAGUCAGAAUGUCCGGAAUUGAUGGGAAAGAAAGAGAGUGCCGACUCUAGGGAUGAAACCCCAAAAGCUAAGGCAAGGUCGUUCCAAAUCACUGCUGCUGAAGCAAAAAUGGAACCCGACGUGGUUACAGUGGUCGUCGGAAUGGAUUGGCUAUCCCGCUACCAUGCUAAGGUGAUAUGCUUACGUAAGGAGAUACACCUAACGUCUCCGAGCGGAAGGCGUGUCAUCAUCUAUGGGGAGAAGGCUUGUAAUCCCAUGAUAUGCUCGAUGGUAGAAGCCCGCAAGUUUAUACUACACGGGUGUAAGGCAUAUUUAACUUACGUACGUGAUGUGGAAAAAGAAACGCCAAGGAUUGAAGACGUACCUGUGGUGCAUGAAUUCGAAGACGUCUUUCCCGAGGAUCUUCCGAGAAUGCCACCAGAGCGCGAAAUAGAGUUCGGGAUUGAACUGACUCCGGGUGCUAAACCAGUUGCUAAGGCACCUAAUAGAUUGGCACCGUCGGAACUGCAAGAAUUAAUGUCCCAGUUACAAGAUUUACUUGAAAAGGGAUUCCUCCGGCCUAGCGUGUCUCCUUAG